GCUUGUGUGGGUGGUCCUGCCCACAGCCCUGUGUUUGUUUGAGUUCUGAGCCCCUGUGAGGAUACAAUGUUCCCACUCGGUUCUGAUCUUUCCUCCUCACUGCACUCUCUGGCACGGCAGGAGGGGAAGCCAGUGUGGGAUUUACUAUUAAAUCCACAUCUUCCAAUCCCCCUACUGUUUUUUUGGGAGUUGUCUCUGGAUACUGUAUGUGUGCUCUGUUCUCAUCCCAAUGGAGGCUUUAAGAGACUCUGUUGUCCACAUUACUUUUCAGAUGUCUGCCUACAAGCGAGCAACUCUGGACGAGGAGGAUCUGGUGGACUCUCUUGGAGAAGGCGAGGUGUACCCCAAUGGGCUUCAGGUCAGUCUGCGUGGCGUUAGGCAGCGCUCCAGCUGCUGGACGGAAAGGACUCAUGUGGAGAAGAGGCUGCUAGCCCUGGUUGUCCUUCUGUCUAUAGGACUACUAGCCUGUGUGCUGUCCCUUGCCAUACAGUACAGAAACAAUCAUAAUGUCUGCCUGUCGGAUUCCUGCAUCUCCGUUACCAGCUCCAUACUCCGCUCUCUGGAUCAGUCAGUCGACCCGUGCCAGGAUUUCUACAGCUACGCGUGUGGCGGAUGGAUCAGAUCCAACCCCAUUCCUGAUGGACAUUCCCGGUGGGGAACCUUCAAUGAUCUCUGGGAGCACAACCAGGCCAUCAUGAAGAGACUGCUAGAAAACUCGACAAUGAACAUCAGCAGUGCAGCCGAGCACAAGGCGCAAAGAUACUAUCAGGCUUGCAUGAAUGAGACCAAGAUUGAGGCGCUCGGCUCAAAACCCCUGCAAGACCUGAUCGAGAAGCUUGGUGGAUGGAAUAUUACAGGCCCUUGGCAUCAGGAUAACUUUCAGGAGACCCUGCAAUCAGUAACUGCGUAUUAUCGCACCUCUCCCUUCUUCUCAGUGUCUGUCAGUGCGGAUUCCAAGAACUCCAACAGUAACGUUAUACAGAUCGACCAGUCUGGACUGGGAUUACCAUCCCGAGACUAUUAUCUGAAUAAAACGGAAAACGAGAAGUUCCUCACAGGUUACUUAAACUUCAUGGUGCAGUUAGGAGUGCUGCUCGGGGGGAGCGAAAACUCUACGAGGGAGCAGAUGCAGGAGAUCCUAGAUUUUGAAACGGCUUUGGCAAAUAUCACUAUUCCUCAGGAGAAGCGCAGAGAUGAGGAACUCAUCUAUCACAAGAUUACAGCUGGAGAGCUGAAGAACCUGGCACCUGUGAUUGAUUGGAUGCCCUUCCUUCAGUCUGUCUUCCAUCCGGUGGAAAUCAACGAAUCUGAGCCUGUGGUGGUUUACGCCAAAGAAUAUCUUACAGAUGUGUCCACCCUCAUCCAUUCCACUGACAAAAGGAUUCUUAAUAAUUACAUGAUCUGGAACCUGGUCAGGAAGGCCAGCUCGUUUUUGGAUCAGCGUUUCCAGGAUGCCGAGGAGAAGUUCAUGGAAGUCAUGUACGGAACCAAAAAGACCUGUAUCCCUCGCUGGAAGUUCUGUGUCAGCGAUACAGAUAAUAACAUGGGCUUUGCUCUGGGUGCCAUGUUUGUCAAAUCCACAUUUGAUGAGAACAGUAAAGGUCGGGCUUUACAAAUGAUCCGGGAGAUAAAGACAGCUUUUGAGGAGAGUCUGAGCAGCCUCAGCUGGAUGGAUGAAGAGACUCGCAAGGCGGCCAAAGAAAAGGCUGAAGCAAUCUAUGAUAUGAUUGGUUACCCAGGCUUUAUCGUGGAUCCAAAGGAGCUGGACAAAGUGUUCAACGAUUACGAGGUGACGUCUGAUCUGUACUUCGAGAACGUCAUGAUGUUCUAUAACUUUUCCGGGCGUCUGACCGCUGACCAGCUGCGCAAGGCUCCUAACAAGGACCAGUGGAGUAUGACACCCCCAACUGUGAACGCCUAUUACUCCCCCACCAAGAACGAGAUUGUGUUCCCUGCCGGGAUCCUCCAAGCUCCAUUCUACUCCAGCAGCUCCCUGACGGCGCUAAACUUUGGUGGUAUUGGUGUUGUAAUGGGACACGAAUUAACACAUGCCUUUGAUGACCAAGGUCGGGAAUAUGAUAAAGAUGGGAACCUUCGCCCCUGGUGGAAGAACUCAUCUGUGGAGGCCUUCAAGAAGCAGACAGAAUGCAUCACAGAGCAAUAUGAGAAUUACACCGUGAACGGAGAGCCCGUGAAUGGCAAACACACGCUGGGAGAGAACAUCGCUGACAACGGGGGUCUCAAGGCUGCGUAUCGGGCUUACCAGAACUGGGUGAAAAUGAACGGCAAGGAGAAGCUCUUACCCUCUCUCGGCCUCACCAACGACCAGCUCUUCUUUGUAGGAUUUGCUCAGGUCUGGUGCUCGGUGCGCACCGAUGAGAGCUCGCACGAAGGCCUCAUCACCGACCCACACAGCCCUCCUCGGUUCCGUGUCGUCGGCUCGGUCUCCAACUCAAAAGAAUUUGCAAAACAUUUCCAGUGCCCUCUGGGGUCACCCAUGAACCCAAUCCGCAAAUGUGAAGUGUGGUGAAAGGUGGAGGCGUCCAGCUGGUGGAUGGGUGAAGAGCGUGUAGGGGUAACCACUAGCUGGGAGGGACACAUUGCGACCUCCCAACCUCACGAGAAAUCCUCUUUCCUGAAGUGCCGUUUUUCCUUUUCACACUGAAUAGGGUUUGGUUUCUCCUCCGGCAGUGACCCGCUGCACUAAUGUGUAGACAAUCGUUUGUGUUGUGCCAUUGUACACUUCUCCCGUCGCGUUUUGUGGUAAACUACGUAUGUUUGAACGCGCCGGCUAGCCUCGCUGCGGUCUGACACGCGCCGGUUAGCGGGUGGGAUAGAGGUUAUUUCGUUAGUGUUCACGUCUGUGUGCAUUUAAAGGGACAGUGAUGCUGCUGCAUUCAGUCUUCACUGUUAAAUUGCCUUUUCCUUUAAGACUUCACACGAUGCCUACAAUCCUAGUGAAGAUCUGUGCCAGGCUGUAAUGUAUAUAUUCUAUACGUGUGUAUAUAAGUGUCUGUAUAUAUUUAUAUCACAUCUCCAUGUCUCGGAUUAAAUACUUUGUAGCUUUGUAA